UGUCACUGUUCCGGUCAGGUCCUUUGAUUGGCUGCUGGUCCUGGCCAAUCACAGGACCCAGUGGGUAAUGUGAAAUGACAGCAGGGGAUUUUGGAGUCUGCGGCGCCGGUAUAUGUUAUAAGGAGCCCAGGCUGACAUUACAGUGCAGCCGUCCGGGCUCCUCAUACGGCCUCCGCGCUACCCUCACUUAAUAAUGAUGGGGACACUGAUAUCCCCCCCUUGUCUCCCGCCUGUGCCGCUCAGCUCCCGCUGCUACAAGACUACAACUCCCAGCGUGUCCUCACUGUAAGGGUAUGCUGGGACUUGUAGUCUUGCCACAGUUAGCAGACAGAUGGGAGUUGUGUGGCGUUGGAAGGGGAGAGGGGGGGGGAUGUAAAUCACUGCAGUGUCCCUGUAGUGAAGUGAGGGUAGCGGGGGAGAAAGUAUGUCGGAGCCCGGGCGGCAGUAGCUUUUCCUGCUCCAUGUUGGAGCUGGAGUAAAUUUAGUCAUUUUUUACGGCCGUUGCGACAUUUUAUUGCGCAGCUGCGACUGUCGCAGUUAAUAAAUACCUGACUAAACCAAAUAAAGUUUUCAAAUCCGCGUACCGUAGUCAAAAAAAUGAAACUUGCUCUUUUUGCUCGUAUAGAUGAUUGUCGCACGAAAAGUCAUGGUGUUGCAGUAGCGACUUUUUUGCGACAAAUUUUCACUGAAAAACUCGGGUAAAAGGGUUGAUAAAUGCCCCUCUUAGAGAGGAGGAAAGAGGAGAGGAGAGAGAGGGGAGUACAGAAGGAAAGGAGGCCAAGAAGGUCAAGAUGGAGAACAUUGGACUCACCGCUGGGAGGAGAAUGAAGACCUGGCCCUUAUCCUUCAUGGGAAGGAACAAUGUAUGUGACCUCCCAGGACCGAGUAACAUUAACCUAAUGGACAAGACAUCAGGGUCUUGUGACAAGGAAAAAAAGUAUAGAGAGGCGGCAGAAGAAGAGGGGGCUAAGACAAAGAGGACACUAGAGGAGAACUCCCCUUCACGGAAAAAAGCAAAAACAUCUGCUGCCGAAACGUCUGCUGCCCAGGAGGAGGUCAGGACAGUCACCAUUCCUUUGGGCCUAGAUUGCUUUACUUUCCAUCAGAAACUGGGAGAAGGCAACUUUGGGCAAGUGAUAUUGGCUAAAGACAUUAUCCGCCAGGAACUUGUGGCCAUUAAAAAAGCUGACAAACAAUAUUUUGUGAAAUGGAAGGAGAAUUUCAUAGAGCGGGAUAUACUCAGCAUGUCACAUGAGUGUCGCUUUUUAAUCCACGGACUGGCAGCUUUUGAAAGUCUUAACCAUUUAUAUUAUGUCAUGGAACUGGCCGGUGGUGGGGACCUUUCUGACUUUAUUAUCAAGCAAUUUCCAUUGGAUUUAGAUGUAGUAAAGUUCAUAGGAGCAGAACUCGUAUGUGGGAUACAAUUCCUUCAUGGAAAGAAAAUAAUCCACAGGGAUCUUAAGCCUGAUAAUAUUAUCUUAACAUCAGACGGACAUGUGAAGAUCUUGGAUUUUGGACUUUCUAUAAGAGAUGCCUCAGGAACAGCUAGUGAUAUCUGUGGUAGUCCAGGCUAUACUGCACCAGAAGUCACCAAUUCAAAGAGAUAUGGACCAGAGGUGGACUGGUUCUCAUUUGGCGCUGUCCUCUACAUCAUGUUCACCAAAAGACUCCCUUCAGAAUCAUUUCCAACAUCUCUGGGGCCUGAAACCAUUGAGGUCAUCAAAUGUCUGCUCUGUAAGGUCCCGAGUGAACGUCUGGGAGUGACGGGGAGGAUACAAGAACAUGCCUUCUUUGCCAACACCAGCUGGAAAGACAUAGAAGCCGGACAAGUGACGCCCCCUAAGAUAAUGGUGACUAAAUCUAUGGAUCCGCAGAUCAGUAACACCAUUCCUGCACCCGGUACGGAUGACCAAACCAUCAAAAUUAAGGCUCGUCAUCAAAGCCUUUUUACUGACUUUAGCUUUGUGAGUCCGAAGUGGUCAGAAAACUACCACGUCAAUCCCAUCACCCCCGUGUAUACAGACACCUGGCUGAGAAGGAUCUUCAUGUCCAAGUUCACAGUGAGCUGAAGACUGUGUCUCUAAGAUAUGGACACUCCAAGGAUCUACAGAUUAUCUGUUUUAUUUGUUUCAUUAUUAUAAUAAAUUCUUAAUGUUAAAACCUGACAAAUUGUAACUUUAUGA